GCGAUGCCUACCGCCUUGUGCUCCAUCGCUCUAGCCCUGCUCGUGGCCCUGCACGAAGGCAAGAGCCAGGCCUCUACCACCCCCAUCCCAGAGCAACCAGCGCCCUUGCCCCGGGCCCGAGGCUCCCACCUGCGGACUCGACGCUGCUCCUGCAGCUCCUGGCUCGACAAGGAGUGCGUCUACUUUUGCCACCUGGACAUCAUCUGGGUGAACACUCCCGGACAGACAGCUCCUUACGGCCUGGGAAACCCGCCAAGACGCCGGCGCCGCUCUCUGCCAAGACGCUGUGAAUGCUACAGUGCCAGGGACCCCGCCUGUGCCACCUUCUGCCAUCAAAGGCCCUGGACGGAUGCGGUGGCAGUCCCACGCAGUGGGUCCCCUGCAGCUGCGUUCCAGGAUGGCAAGACGCGGGCCACGGCAGGAGAGCUCCUCCAGCGCCUGAGGGUUAUUUCUGGAACCAAGAUCCACUUUGCUAGGCAACAGCAGAAGACGACGAGGGAGACCAGAUCUACACACUCCAGGCAGAGGAAGAGAUAGCUCUCGACUCUGGGAGAACUUUGGGAAGGAAGCCUGUGUGGAUACAGGAGGAGAGGGGCAUCCCAGAGCUGGGAGACCUUCCGACCUGUUUCCUGGGCCAGAAAACCCAGCUGCUGGAGCAGGCACAAGUUCUGGCCUCCUCACCCUGGAGAGGGGGCCUCGCUCAAGGCAGCUCCGUGACACCAGGAAAGUCAUCAGGCCCCAGGCUGCAGCGUGGCCUCCCACACUGGCUCCAGUUCCAAGGCCCUGCUGAAAGGAAUGGCAUGCGGAAUGUGCUAACCUGGAGGUGUCCUGUCUGGUGGCUGUGAACCAGAAACAAUAUGCAGUGGUGGGCACUCACACCUAAGCCAGCCGCAGAGGCCGAAUGAGUCCUUCCAGGGUUGAAGUCCCGGCCACCCCCUACCCCCUGCCCCCGGUCUGUCCCCUCCAGCCCUCCCUCUCCAAUGUCC